UAUCACAAUGAAUAAAGAAGAAAACCGAAAUCAAUGGAAUAUAUCUGUUAAUAAACGCUUCGGUAAUAUAUCGUUAACGACUUCAUUUGUGAACACCACCGUCGGAUUUAUAUUAAACGGAUCAAUAAAUUCGCAGAUAGGUUAGAGUUCAAAAAUGAUAACGUUAACUAUCUCCAGAUAUCGGAAAUGUCUUAUGUGACGUAGCGAAAUGGGAGGCGCUAUCGAUUGAGAUUGUGGAGAGGGGAAUGUAUAAAUACCGCUGAAAUAGCGUGUUGGAUAUAUGGCGAGUGGUAGUGGAUGACUUAAAUACAGAGCGUGUUUAGUGUAACAAAAGCCCAGUGACUUUCAAUGUUUUUCGUGGUGAUUCAUCAAUAUGACCUCUAAUUUAUACGAACUUUUCAGCGAUGCAUUACUCCACCUUCCGUCCGCGAUUGACAGCUUGGUGCGGUCUAAAGAACAUAACGAAUCACAUCUUGGAAGAAAUGUUACGAUCGCGGACGCAGCUGCAUCGGGCGAUUUUCGCAUCCUUCAACCAAUAUGGGAUAUACGAUUAGGGAGAGAAAACUUCUUUGCUUCCCCAUUAUUUCCCGUGAUUCUGUCUGUUUCGUUCUACUUCAGUUUCUGCACACCGUUUAUGAUAGUCGACUUGCUGGGAGAUAAACUACCAUGUAUACAUAAGUACAAGAUUCAGUCGAAUUUGGAGGUAACCUGGGCGCAGAUAUGGGACACUGUGAGUCUCACAUUUUGGAAUCAUGUACUCUACAUCCUUCCGGCGGCGGUAUCUCAGUGGGUGUGGACCCCUGACACGUAUCUUCCAGAAAGGGCACCUACUCUCUUCGAGUUUCUUUGGCACCAAGUAGCUGCCUUGGUCAUUUUUGACUUGCAGUACUUUGUGUGGCAUUGGACGCAUCAUAAGGUGCGUUUUCUAUACAAACAUGUGCACGCUCUCCAUCACCGCUACCACUCGCCAUUCGUCUGGACAACGCAGUACCUCCAUCCAUGGGAGUUGAUCACCGUUGGCUUUCUUACAACGACUAACACUUGGUUCUUCAACUGCCACCCACUGACUAUAUGGAGUUACAUGGUGGUUUCGAUCAUAGUCAGUGUUGAAGCACACAUUGGGUUUGACUUUCCCUUUACUUUAAAUCACUUCUCGUUCGGAAUGAUAGGCGGGGCACCGAAGCAUGACAUGCAUCAUUUAAAGCCGCUGACGAACUUCCAGCCUUUCUUCAAUCAUUGGGACAAGAUUUUCGGGUCGUACUGCCCAGUCAUGACAAGGGGAGGAGUCAAACCGCCAGACCUCCUUGAUUACGAGCGGAAACAGAAGGAAACAAAGAAAACCUUUGAUUAGAGACAGCUGUUUGUUCAUGUGAUACGACCGUUACUAUUCUAUUGUGUGCCAAUGCAAUGUUAACCGCAAUGUUAACACCGUCUUCUGUAAUUCAGGUAGUUUUAUAUCAAGUAGGACAUACUUGUACGUUUACUUAUUCAUGCUGUGCUUAACAUUGACAAAUUACACAUGUGGAAAACAUUCCGUGUGGACUCAGUUCACGUUGGUUAAAAUUCAUCAUUGAAAUAUUUCUCAUCAAUUGAUUAACAGUUCGUCAUCGGAUAUUGAUUACUAAGUAGUUCGAACUUCCUGUACUUAUUGGUUAUUUAGAUCGAGGAUGACUGUAUUUGAAGAGAUGCUAGAACAUCGGCUGGUUCUCUGUGAUAUAUUGUUUAAUCUCAACAUUUUUUUACAUUUAUACUUAAAAUUAAUGUGCAUUAUGUCGUCCCGUUAUUGAACUUAUUUAUUUGACGUACAGUCGAAUCCCGUUGGCUCAAACUCGCUUGGCUCGAUUUCCUCGGCUAGAACUGGGUGUUAACGAGCGAUUUUGUUUCAACUGAAUGUAAACAUUCACGCUUGGCUCGAAUUUCCCCGAGUGCGGAGGUAUUUUUGCCGAUCCCUGAGAGUUCGAGCGAACGGGGUUCGACCGUACUUUCACAUGUUUGCCUGCUUUGACGAAGUUAUUAUGGUAUUCCGUUUGCAACCUCAGACCAGAUAACAUUUCAAACCUGGAUUAGUGGAGUUUUUUCUUACUAUUGUUUUGAACAGAGUAAUUAAUGAAUUAUUUUCACCUGAAAGAAUGUUUAUACUAAGCAUUUAAUUGUUUUACCAUAGUAAUUCAUGUUUUAUCCGGCGUUCAACUCCAUGUGUGUUUACAUUUGCAUUGGUAAACGUAGUUCAGUGAACAAAUGGUCAAGUGCACGUGUUAAUGACGCGAUACUCGCCGACAGCACGUGCAAACCUUGACGAUCACAUAUACAAAAUAUAGUGGUAUAAGCUUGCAUGAAUGACGCCCUGUAUCUCCCCAAUACAGUGCUGAAAUGCGGGUAUUACUUAUUCCUUUUUUAUAACCGUUUUUGAAGUGGAUAAGACAUAGAAUAUAAACAUUUGAAGAAGUCCCUACUAUUACUUUUUAUAAAAUAAUUUACAUGUUCUUACAUAGUAUUUAUGAUGUGAUGCUAUGCAUAUAUGACGAACUGUUUCAUCCCAAAACGGUUUCGAAGUGCAUUAUGAACACACCAGAAUAUAUUUGUUGUAAUAGUUAUUAAAUUUUACUCAUGAAUUUUUAGCUGCCCUUUUGUAUAGUCAUGAUUGAUGAUCGAUGAAUGUCAUAACGCACACAUCAAUGUAUCGAUAUAGGAUAGUUUAUCGUUGUAUCGAUAGUGGAUAGUAUAUCGUUAUAUAUCGAUAUAGUCGAUAUAGGAAAUAUAUCUUUGUAUCGAUAUUGAAAAGUAUAUCAUUGCACAACUACUUCAAUCGAUAUUGAGCUUUAUUCGAUAUUUUAACUAAGUUUAAAUUAUCUUGAUUUUGUGUUGUUUGUUGUUGUUUUUUAAUUUAAGGGAAAAAGAAAAGUUUGUAUAAAAUCCGAUUUUUACAGUUGUUAAAAAUAAAAGAAUAUUCUUAUCAAUAUAUUCGAAGCGGUCAUGAACAAAUAUUUCAUAUAUUUAUUUACUUAUUACAUUUUGAUUAAGAAGCUAUAGUCUAUGUAGAUUGUAAGCUGACGUAGUAUUGCGUUUAUGACGCUCUGUAUCACCCCAAUGCAGCGCUGAAAUGCGGGGUAUUAUGUCACGCUUUUAUCUUAGAUAUGUAGACCUUCACGUAGGUUUUAUUUUGGAAAUGAUUUUGUCACAUACUUUUAUUUUACUUAAGUGUAUUGUCGUGUUUAAUUUAUUGAAUAAUUCAUUGAUAAACAAUUAAUAAUGUACAUCUUUUAUUUACAUAUUUGUGUUUAAAGGGACUGUUUCAUGAUUUAUAAAAUGCACUUUUAUGGGAUAAAAAAAUCGAAAUAAAGUGUGGCAAAUCAAUUAGAGUGUUAAAACUAAAAUAGUGACGGCUUGAGCCCUUCAACAAUUGUUGAUAAAAUAUCAAAUAUCUUCUUUGAAGUCCACGAUGAAAAGAGUUAAACGCGAUUCAACAAAGGGCUGUAGCUUGUCUGGUUGACGUGAUUCCAUCAAAGCAGUCAAUAAAGGUUAAAAUAUCCAUCAGCUUACUUACUAGUCCUUGUGGGCAAGUGGAUAUGGUUUCAGCUUUGUUUUUAAUUUGGUGCCAAAAUAUGAGCGAAUCCUUUUAAAGUACUUGUCUUUUUAUAUGUGCUUUAAAAGUUACAAUUGAUAUUUGCACAUUAAAUCAAAGUGCUGAAUCAAAGCAGUUAGUUCAUAAAUAGAUGUAGAUGAAUAAAAAUGAGUGUAUUUAUGAUUAUUUAUAAGUAUCUUCCAUCUGCAUGUGCACGUAGUAAUUUACGGCGCUAAACAUUGGUCAUGCAUGGAAAGUUAAAGUUAUUGGAUCAAGUUUAUGUGCAUACUAGUUUCAGGUUCCAGACGUUAAUAUUAAAUAAUGUCUCUGAAAAAACGAGAACAUUCGAAACGAGAAAAUAUGAACAGUCGUGAAAGUCAAAAAGGUACAAUAGUUAAACAACACAAUUAGCAGCUUGAUAUUCAUACUCGUAUUAUAAUGUGACAUACAUAGUUUGCGAAGUGGCAAAAAGCACUUAAUUAAGAAACUGUUACAGGUCAUAAACGUGCGGUUUGAACUAACGAAUAUUUCCAUUUGUGUCUUAUUUAUUAUCAAAUACCUUUCCAUUUAAGGAUCGGUUUUGAACUUUUGUUUACCCAACUCAUUUGUUUGUAUGAGGUCAAUGUUGAUAAAGAAACUGCAUGUAUACCAUGUUGAUAAUGUAUUACGAAAGCAGGCCAUACCGAAUGGAAAGAAACAUUUUUGUUUAAUUUAUUAUUCAAACAUGCAAAAUUUGUUGUUAAGUUUUAACGUAAACAAUAGUCUAGCCAUAAACCAAACUGAUUUAAAGUCUAAUUCCAAUACUAGGUUGAACAUUAGUAAAUUAAAUUUGAUCUUCAUUGUUUGUGAACAUGGCUACAAGAUACUUAAUGAAUGGUUAUGCGAUACAAAUAUAUUCUAGUGCCCAUAAAGCAAUGGCUUAUAUGAUCUUGCUGUCAUUUUUUUCAGAAGUAAUAUAUUUUAAUAAUUUUUGCAACGUUCAUCUGGUAUAGUGUUCUAUAUUAUACUAUUUAUUUUGCAUAUUUAUGCCCCCGAAGGUGGGCAUAUUAAAAUCGCAGCGUCCGUCCGUCCGUCCGGCCGGCCGACUCAAUAACUCAGAAUAUUAUGGACAGAUUUUAAAAUGACUUGCCACAUGUGUCCGACAUACCAAGACGACAUGUCAAGUGCAAGACCCAUGUCCCUACCUCUAAGGUCAAGGUCACACUUAGGUGUUUAUUCACAAUGGAAUGCUGCAUAUAAGGACAUAGAGUAUAGGUUGUCGUGUCCGGGCUGUAACUUUCCCUUGUAUGGACAGAUUUUAAAAUAACUUGCCACAUGUGUUCGGCAUACCAAGACGACGUGUCGCGUGCAAGAUCCUUGUCCCUAUUUCUUAGGUCAAGGUCACAUUUAGUGUUUAUUCACAAUGGAAUGCUGCAUAUAAGGACAUAGAGUAUAGGUUGUCGUGUCCGGGCUGUAACUUUCCCUUGUAUGGACAGAUUAUAAAAUAACUUGCCACAUGUGUUUGAAUUACCAAGACGAUGUGUCGGGUGCAAGACCCGUGUUCCUACCUCUAAGGUCAAGGUCACACUGAGUGUUUAUUCACAAUGGAAUGCUGCAUAUAAGGACAUAGAGUAUAGGUUGUCGUGUCCGGGCUGUAACCGGGCAAUUUAAAAUAACUUGCCACAUGUGUUCGACAUACCAAAACAACGUGUCGCGUGCAAGAACCGUGUCCCUACCUCUAAGGUCAAGGUUACACUUAGUGUUUAUUCACAAUGGCAUGCUGUAUAUAAGGACAUAGAGCAUAGGUUGUCGUGUCCGGGCUGUAACUUUUUCUUGUAUGGACAAAUUUUAAAAUUACUUGCCACAUGUGUUUGACAUACCAAGACGACGUGUCACGUGCAAGACCCAUGUCCCUACCUCUAAGGUGAAAGAUACACUUUGUGUUUAUUCACAACAAAAUGCUGAAUAUAAGGACAUAAGAAUGUAGGUUGUCAAGUACGGGUGGUAUUUUUUAUGUUCAGAGGCAAUUUAAAAUAACUUGCCAUAUGUAUUUGUUUCAUCUUUAACUUUUCAUGUACUGACCUUGUUCAUAGGUCAAUGUCACAUUUGGGGGUAUUCGUCACAUACUGUGACAGCUCUUGUUUUAUUAUGCCUUUACAAUAAAAUAGUGGUCGAGUGUGCAUCAACUUAAUGAUUUUUAGGGUUCGUUCUGUCAGUUAUGUAUAUGUUCUGUCAUGGAAUUCAACAUUUGGUCCGAGAUUUAUUGAGCUAUGUAUAGUAUUUAGUUAUUCUCCUAGUUCAUAAUGUUAAAGGAACGAACCAUGGUGAUUCUGAUUUCAUUUUAUCAUUUUCAUUUUCGCUUUUCAAAGACUAUACUAAUUGGCUAUAAAAGUGUUCUAAGCAUCUAAGUACUUGAUGCAUCAUUAAUUUAUUAUUUUCUGUAAACUGGCCAGCAUAUUUAGGCCGGAAGGAAAUUAUUUAAUAAGAACACAUAUUUACUAAUUAACGUGCAUUUUCGAAGAAAUAUUGUC